CUCCUGCUUCCAGACAUUUCACCAUCUUGAUUUACAAGGGAUGGAUUUGCACUAAACAUUUUCAUUUCAGCACAAGGCAUGUACAAAAUCUAGUAUAAUGAUUAGCCUCAGAUACAUUGUCUACUAGUAUUGUUUUAAAAUUGAGAAAAUAUAACUAGUUGAACAAUAUAUAAACAGUGUGUGAGUUAAGCUAUUCUCUGCUUCAGAUGUACAAUGUCAUUACGUUAGCAGCUCAUUUGAGUUAGCCUGCACAAAAGUUAAUGUAGCAAGCAAGUGUAACUGUUGUUAAAGUACUGUGUGAAUUUCACCAGGUUUAUAUUUUAAUAUGGCAUGUUGAUUUGUUAUUAUGCAUGCCUGCACCCAGGGAGUAGGGGAGUGUGUACUUACGUUUUGCCCUGCGUGCUCAAAUCAUGUUGAUGCACUAUGAGAGGGAGCCACGCUUUUUCUGUCGUCUUCGGAAAAGUUUGAUUAUUUUAAGCACACAGUGUUUUGUUCACGAAUAAUGUUGUAUACUUAGAGGUUACUCGUAAGUGGAUGGUAUUGUUAAAAUGCACUUGUAACUGUACUUUUUAGAUAUUAACAUUCUGAAUUCAACAUGUGGUUAAUAGCUAGCUAAGGUAUUAGCAGGUUAUUGUAUGUGUGAACGAUGGCUGGCUCCUCGAAUGAUCCCAGUCCCUUGUAUUGUGCAUCUGUUGUAGAAAGAGGCGACGAUUCACAGAACAUAUGUGAUCUACAAAUGUUUUCUUUUCUUUUGGAUGCAGAUGCAGAGUGAAUUCGGCUUAAUUAAAACAACCUGAUCUCCAAAGUCCACGUCUAUAGUCUCAAUCAACCACACAUAACGCAGAGUUACAGCGGUGCAGUACACCACCGGUUACAGUCUUGCUAAUUAUAGCUACAUAGUUUAUCAUUUACUUACUUGAAUAAGUUAUCCCCCCGAUGUUUCCGGUGGUAGCAAAACGCAGCCAACCAUGUGGAAGAUUGGAUGGCUUCCACCAACCAGACUGACUCUGGUCUUCCAACUGGUACGGUUGCUAUGCUAGGUGCAUAGGGUGCUGUCACUUAGGCCUUGUUUUCAUUGGCAGUUUGAAGUGAUUCAAAUCUGUUAUUUUUACUGCAGUCUGAACCGCCAAAAUGAAAAUGUAAUCAGAUGUUUCAAGACACAUUUCAAACAACUUUUGUAGGUGGUUUAAAAUCGGAUACAAUUCUGAUUCCUGGCCUUGGAACUUCUGAUUUUUUUGCCUAUGAACCGUGGUAUCUAACUGGCUUGAUAAUUGUUUACAAACAAAUUAAUGAAUAUGCAAGAAAAGUGACUGUUGUGUCAAGCCCCCCCAAAAGUUUUUCAAGUUGGAUCAUCCUAUCCUUUGAUCAUUUAAAAGUGUUCUUACACUAUGAUUUUGAACCUUCAAAGCAACUGGGAAAAGUCCAUGGAAGGCAUUGUUGUCACCUUAGUUUACUACAUAACUUCUGAGAUAUAGGAAGCACAUGCACCAAUCAACCUACACCACUGCGCACACAUCAGUCAUUAUGACAACAAGUGUAGCCAUGUCAGGAAAUGAUUGCUCUCUGAACACACACAAAUCCAACUUGGUCACUUACAACUUGCUAUUUGGACAGUCAGUAAAAACAAAACUGAUUUGAGCAUCAAGGCAUGCAGUGUGAACAUGGAUUUACAAAACAUCCUCAAUCAAUCUCAAACUGUGUAUCAUUAGGACCCGUCAAACACAAUCAUUUGCAUAGGUGUAAUGACCUGCUGCACCUGUUUGUGACUCAACAGGUAUACAAACUGGGACUAAUAGACUUGACUUGUAAUCAGGUCAAACCAAAUGGAAAUUGUUUUGAAUGAGGUUAAAAACAAAGAUGAGCAUUCUCAUUGGAUAAGGGUAGGCACAUCCUCCCUUUCCAUCCGUUUUGCCACUGUUAUGUUGUGUCUGUUGUGUAUCACCCAACAUUCACUUCUUGAUGGACACAGACUUUCCAAUACAAAGAAGAACUCCAUCAGUCAAGUGGUACUUGGAACAUCAAAGCUGGUACUUACAAACUGAGAUUGGUCAAAAUAAAAAGAUGAACUCUUCUAACCAUUCUUCUGUCCUCUCUGGCUAUGCGGAAAUCGAUUCCUCUAUCGGCACUGCCUGCUAUGCAGUCAAUCUCAUCCUCAGUCUCCCCACCAAUGUCUACGUCCUGUGGCUGAUAGUGACCGGAGCGGGAGAAACGAUGACCUCAGAGUUCUUCGCUCUCAACCUGGCCAUCUCUGAGAUCCUCUGCUGCCUGUGUUCUGUCUUCUUCUUUGUCUACAUACACCUCCCUAUUCCCCCUCUCCAAGCUCUAGUGUCAUUCUGUGGUGGUUUUCCCAUCUUUGGUCGGACCCUGUUCCAGUGCUGUAUAUGUUUUGAACGCUACCUGGCGGUGGUCCACCCUGUUGUCUUCCUGAAGUACAAACUCCUCAGAUACAAGGUGGCAUGUUCUGGGUUAAUCUGGUUGGUUGUGACCGUGUUCUGUCUUACUUUUAUGCUGGCGAAGAGCCUAAAUGUUAUAUAUUUUGUGUCUUUGAGUGAAAUUCUGUUCUUCAUUUCAUUCAUGUUAUUCUGCUGCCUCUCAGUUCUCAGGGCUCUGAAACGUCCAGGGCCGGGGGAAGGGGAGAGGGAGGGGACAAAUAACAUGAAGAUAAGGGCGUUUAAUAUCAUUUUGAUUAUUAUGGUGGCUAUGAUGGUGAACUGCCUCCCAUGGGUAAUGAUUUUACCUUUCAUUGGAAUCUUAGAUUUGAGGAAGUUCAUAUCAGCCAUAUAUGUUUGUGUCUUCAUCGGUGUGGUCUGUGGGAUUGUGCAGCCCCUCCUCUACCUCCACAGGGCUGGGAAACUGCCCUGUAUCAGAGGUCUUUAAGAGAGUUGAUACUCAAAGUUUCACCUUAUACAGAUGGCCAGUUGUAACCUGUUUGUUUCCACCUGUUAAUUGAUAGCUUGUAAAGAGGUUGAUAGUUGUUGAUUCUCUGGCAAAAAUGUGUACGUGUUUUGAUAAGGGUUGCAAAAGUACGGAAAUGUCCCCUAAAUUCCCAAGUUUUCCCGAAAUCCUGUUCAGAAGAUUCCUGGCAUGAGGAAAGAAUAAGCAGGAAAUCUGGAAUUUUACAAGUCUUGGUUUGAUUUAUUCCCUCGUAUAUGGGAAGAUUACCUAUCAAUCUUCUUGCUUCACAUUGCACCUUUAUGUAUGAAAGCUAUUUAUUAGUGACAUGGAAUGAUAAGACUUACUUUGUUUGGUUAAAACUUGUUUUCAUGUUCACUACAUCUUUUUGAAUUUUUUGAAUCCUUCACAGUUAAUAAAUAUGUGUGCAGAACUACUCAUGUAGCUGUCGUUUUCUUUGUGUAGAGCAGAGAAAUUCAGCCAGUGAUACAGACAGGAAAUGUAAAAACAAAUGUCUCUUAGCUGUCUCUGGGUCCAGUCAGAGAGGAAACAGGCUAUGUACAUGCAGUAGGGGUGCGUGGAUAAAAUCACUGGGGAUGACAAGUUAAAAAACAAAAAGACAUUUUACAACCUGUGUGUUGUGAUAAUUGUGUUGUUUGCUCUAUAACCUGUUAGUUCAUAUGCUUUGUGACUG